GAUCUUAAAGGAGCUGUACUGACAGGAAACUCAGUGAUUCUGUCCUGUACAAUGACGCCGCAGCAUGCUGGAUGGAAGUUUUACUGGAGCAAACACACACAGAGCACUGAGACUGAGACUGAGACUGAAACAGACUACUACAACAUCAGCUCAGUUAGUGUCUCUGAUGGAGGUCAGUACAGGUGCAGAGCAGGAAGAGGAAACCCAGUCUACUACACACACUACAGUGAUGCAUUCUGGGUAAAAGUUAUUGAGAGUCCUAAACCUGAGCUGAUUAUAAAGCCUGAUACACAGGUGUUCAGAGGAGAGAGAGUGACUUUCAGGUGUGAAAUACAGGGAGGAGGAGACACUGAGUGGACAUACGACUGGUAUAGGGACGAUAACACAUUCUACCCAUACCACACAACACAGGAGUUCAGCACCAGUGAUUAUUACAGUGGUAAAUACACCUGCAGAGGGAGGAGGAGAAGUGACUCUCAGAUCUCAAAGACGAGUGAUCCUGUUACACUCACUGUAUCAGAAAAACCUAAACCUGAACUCACGUCAGAUCUUAAAGGAGCUGCACUGACAGGAAACUCAGUGACUCUGUCCUGUACAAUGACGCCGCAGUCUGCUGGAUGGAAGUUUUACUGGAGCAAACACACACAGAGCCGUCAGACUGAAACUGAAACACACUCCUACACUAUCAGAUCAGUUAGUGUCUCUGAUGGAGGUCAGUACUGGUGCAGAGCUGGAAGAGGAAACCCAGUCUACUACACACACUACAGUGAUGCACUCUGGGUAAAUGUUACUGAGAGUCCUAAACCUGAGCUGAUUAUAAAGCCUGAUACACAGGUGUUCAGAGGAGAGAGAGUGACUUUCAGGUGUGGAAUACAGGGAGGAGGAGAUACUGAGUGGACAUACGACUGGUAUAGGGACGAUAACACAUUCUACCCAUCCCUCACAACACAGGAGUUCAGCACCAGUGAUUAUUACAGUGGUAAAUACACCUGCAGAGGGAGGAGGAGAAGUGACUCUCAGAUCUCGAAGACAAGUGAUCCUGUUACACUCACUGUAUCAAAAAAACCCAAACCGACUGUGAGAGUGAAUCCUCAGAGCUCCGUCUACACUGGAGACAGAGUUACUCUGAUCUGUAAUCUGAAGUCUACUGGAUGGACUUUUCUCUGGUACCGAGAUUAUUGGCAAUCAAUUCCCCUGUCUCCUGGAACCACAGACACCAACACACUCAGUGUAACAGUCUCUAAUGAAGGAGGAACACAGUACUACUGUAAAGCACGCAGGGGAAACUACGACUCAGAGCUCAGUGAUCCAGCCACAAUUACAGUGAGAGCGAGACCAAAGCCUGUAGUGAAAGUACAGCCAGCUGAGCGUGUGUUCAUUGGGGAAACCGUCACUCUCACAUGUGCGAUACAGACUGGAGAAUCCUGGCGUUACCUCUGGUAUAGAAAUAAUGAAGAACUCAGUGAUGCUGCAGGAAAGAAAACACACACAAUCACUGAUAUUAAAGACUCUGAUAAAGGUUAUUAUACAUGUAAAGGAACAAAGUCAUCAGACCCUAAAUACACACAGACCAGUGAUAGUGUUACACUGACUGUAUCAGUGAGACCUAAACCUGUGGUGAUUAUAAUGCCUGAUACACAGGUGUACAGAGGAGAGAAAGUGACUCUCAGAUGUAACAUACAGCAAGGAGGAGACACUGAGUGGACAUACAGCUGGUAUAAGAAUGAUAAAGAGUACCGUCACCACACAACACAGCAGUUCAGCAUCAGUUCAGUUACAGACUCUGACAGUGGUGAAUACACCUGCAGAGGGAGGAGAAGUGACUCUCAGAGAUCAGAGAUCAGUGCUGCUGUUACACUCACUGUAUCAGAAAAACCUAAACCUGAACUCACAUCAGACCUUAAAGGAGCUGUACUGACAGGAAACUCAGUGACUCUGUCCUGUACAAUGACGCCGCAGUCUGCUGGAUGGAAGUUUUACUGGAUCAAACCCACACAGAGCACUGAGACUGAGACUGAAACACACUCCUACAUCUACAUCAGAUCAGUUAGUGUCUCUGAUGGGGGUCAGUACAAGUGCAGAGCUGGAAGAGGAAACCCAGUCUACUACACACACUACAGUGAUGCACUCUGGGUAAACGUUACUGAGAGUCCUAAAGCUGUGGUGACCAUAAAGCCUGAUAAACAUGUGUUCAGAGGAGAGACUGUGACUCUCAGAUGUGAAAUACAGGGAGGAGGAGACACUGAGUGGAUAUACAGCUGGUAUAAGAAAGAUUACACACUCUACCCAUCCCGCACAACACAGGAGUUCAGCUUCAGCUCAGUUAGAAAUGAUGACAGUGGUGAAUACACCUGCAUAGGGUGGAGAAGCAGUGACUAUCAGAGAUCAGAGAUCAGUGAUGCUGUUACACUCAUUGUAUCAGAUGCAGCAGAGGCAGUAGUGAGUGUGUCUCCACUGUGCUGGCUGACUGAAGGAGACUCAGUGACUCUAAGCUGUGAGGUUAAACACUCCUCUACAGGCUGGACAUUCAGCUGGUACACAGAGGUUCCCUCCAGAGACAGUCAGGGUUCCCUCAGGUACAGUACAGCGCUCCUUUCAGACAGCAGCAGAGGAUCUGGAGGCUCCUACACUCUCAGUCCUGUUACUGUGAAGCACACAGGAGUUUAUAUGUGCAGAGCAGAGAGAGGAGAACCAGUCUUUCACACACGGGACAGUAACCUACAGCCACUGUGGAUCACUGGUGAAUCUCCUCCAGUGCCUCUGAUCAUCAAUCCCAGCAGAACUCAACACUUUACUGCUGACUCUCUCUCACUGAGCUGUGAGGACCAGAGUGACUCUACUGGAUGGACAGUGAGAGGAUACACACACAGUGAGACAGUGUCUGAUUGUUCAUCAGUUUCAGGAUCUUCAUGUAACAUCAGCUUCCUCUCUACAUCACACACUGGAGUUUACUGGUGUCAGUCUGAAUCUGGAGGACGCAGUAAUCCUGUCAACAUCACAGUGCACCAUGGUGAUGUGAUCCUGGAGAGUCCUGUCCAUCCUGUAACUGAGGGACGUCCUCUGACUUUACGCUGUUUACAUCACAACUCAAAGAUCUCAGAUUCUGGUGUUGAUUUCUAUAAAGAUGAUUCAGUUCUCCAGUCCCAGACUACAGGAGAGAUGACCAUCAGUACUGUCUCAAAGUCAGAUGAAGGUUUCUACCACUGUAAACACCCAGAGAGAGGAGAGUCACCGAAAAGCUGGGUUUCAGUCAGAGCUUCAGAUUCUGAAUCUACUGGUGUAAUUAUAGGACUGAGUUUGACCUUCGUGUUUGUCAUCUUAAUGAUCUUACUGAUGCUGCUGCUGCACUUCAAGAAGAAAAAAGGUGUAGAAUAUCAGACUCCUUCUCCAGUAAAUCAGGACACCAAUCAGCCUGCAGAUGGUGAGAACAUCUACGAAAAUGCUGAUUUCAGGACCACAGAUGAUUCUGCAGCUGGAACCAGCAAUAUGAUCCACUCACAGGAUGUCCACAGAAACAAGACACAAAAUGAUGCUGCUGCUGGACUGAGUGAUGUGACUUAUGCUGAUAUUGAACUGAAAAACCAAAAGAAACCAAAGAGAAAACAAGGAAAGAGCAGUGAGGGAUCUGACACUGUUUACUCAGAACUGAAGCAGAACACAGAUAAAGAUGCUGCUGCUGGACCGAGUGAUGUGACUUAUGCUAAAAUUGAACUGAAAAACCAAAAGAAGCCAAAGAGAAAACAAGGUGGGACUAAAUUCUUUCAAUUUAUGUAUGGCCACUGUUUUAGAUUUUAUUUUACCUUUACACCCUUUAAUUAUUUGCCAGUUAUUCAACCUAAAGCAUCAUAUUCAGUAACUGCUACGAAUCAUUCAGUAACUAAAAUUAAAAUAACAGAAGGUAAUAGAGGUAAAUGUAAUGUAGUUAUGGAAGUUUAAGGGGUUAAUAGAAUGUGUGUUUUAUCUUAGCGAAUGCUAAAUCAGUGACUGUUUCCCAUUAGGAAAGAGCAGUGAGGGAGCUGACACUGUUUACUCAGAACUGAAGCAGAACACAGAUAAA